AUGCCUUAUGGUCAUAUUUCUGUUGUUGUUGAUGUUUUAAAAAAUUCUAUUAGAAUUGCUGAACAAAAUUUUUAUUUUACUUAUUGGAAAGAUAAUUAUGCUCGAGAAAUUCCAUUUGUAUAUAAAAAUGAUCUUUAUUAUAUUGACGAUGAAUAUGAAAUUUAUGGAUGGUUAGAAAUUGAUGAUUCAAAAGAACAAUUAAAACCAUUAAAUAAAUUAACAAUUGAAAAAAUUCAAAUGAAAUAUGAAAAUAUUUGA